AGUACUAACAAAUUGUCAGUAAAUUAUUGUAUAACAUCUAUAAAAAGCAAGUCAUAAAUGAACAUUUUAAAAAACCAUGAAAAUGUAUUCCAAAAUUUUAAUAGUUGUGCUUCUUGCAUAUUUUUUGGAUAAUUUAUCAGCGGCUAUACUUAAACCACCUAAACCUAUAUCUUUAAAUGUGAAAAAUAGUCCAGUUCAAUCUAAAAAUAUUUUAGUUCAAAAUCAACCUAUUAGAAGUCAUCAUCCGGUUUUGGGGAAUUUCAAAGUUAAUCCUGUUAUUCCUUUUAAUAUUCCUAGUCCACCAGCACUUCCAUCACCCAAAUUACCUCCUGCAGUAUCACCAGCACCUCCAGCACUUACUACAGUACCACCAGUACUCUCAGCACCUCUAACACCUCCAACACCACCAACACCUUCAGAACUUACAUUUUUACAAAAUAUAAAAAAAGAAAAUUUCAAUCAUCAAGGAUUUGACAAACUUGAAGAAGGAGAUGAUUAUGAUGAAGAGGAAGUAGAAGAAGAAAUAGAAAAUGGAGAUAUUAAAGAACCUUUAAAAAAUAGUAAAACUGUGACAAGUACACCUUUACACAACUCUCCAACUUCUAAACUUACAGUACCAGAAAUUGUGAAACAAGAAAAUGUCAAUCAUCAAGGAUUUGACAAACUUGAAGAAGGAGAUGAUUAUGAUGAAGAGGAAGUAGUAGAAGAAAUAGAAGAUGAAGAUAUUGAAGAACCUUUAAAAAAUAGUAAAACUAUGACAAGUACACCUUUACAAAACUCUCCAACUUCUAAACUUACAGUACCAGAAAUUGUGAAACAAGAAAAUGUCAAUCAUCAAGGAUUUGACAAACUUGAAGAAGGAGAUGAUUAUGAUGAAGAGGAAGUAGUAGAAGAAAUAGAAGAUGAAGAUAUUGAAGAACCUUUAAAAAAUAGUAAAACUAUGACAAGUACACCUUUACAAAACUCUCCAACUUCUAAACUUACAGUACCAGAAAUUGUGAAACAAGAAAAUGUCAAUCAUCAAGGAUUUGACAAACUUGAAGAAGGAGAUGAUUAUGAUGAAGAGGAAGUAGUAGAAGAAAUAGAAGAUGAAGAUAUUGAAGAACCUUUAAAAAAUAGUAAAACUAUGACAAGUACACCUUUACAAAACUCUCCAACUUCUAAACUUACAGUACCAGAAACUGUGAAACAAGAAAAUUACAUUCGAGGAUUCAACUUAUUUGAAGAAGGGGAUGAUUAUGAAGAAGGAGAUGAUUAUGAAGAAGGAGAUGAUUAUGAAGAAGAUUAUAAAGAAGCAGUAGUAGAAGAAAAAGAUGGUCAUAACAGUAAAGAAUAUUUGGGAGAACCAAAUCAUAGUACUCCUUUAAUACCAACAAAUAAUAUAAUAAUUAAUGGAGUCCGAGUAAAUCCACCUUUAACAAUAAAUAGUGCAAUCUCUACAAUACCACAAUUAUCUGAGGAUGAAUUGACAGAAAAUAAUUAUUAUAAUUCUGAAUAUUUCAUCAAUACCAAUGAAGACAAUCAAAAAUAUCAAAAUUAUGAUGCGUGGGAAUCAGAGUCUUUUAAUAUUAAAAAUAAACCUACUGAUAUUUAUGAAACUCUAGACAGAACAAAUGAGAAUACCCAAGAUCAAUCAAUCAGCAAUAAUGAAUUUGUAUCAAAACCAUAUGACGAUACACAGAUAUAUACUGAUAAACAGAAAGAAAACAUAGGAAACCAAUUUAAUAAUCAAAAUGUGUCCGAAAAUAAUGAAAGACUUGUCAAUGGGUAUAGAGCUCUUAAGAAAAUAUUAUAUAUGUUACAUGACUAUGCAAGUUUAACAUUCGAUUGGAUCAUAAACAAAAUAAAUUACCGUAUGGAACAGCUCUGAGUUAGAUAAAAAAUUAUAAUAUUAUUAAAUUAAUAUUAUAACAUUGAGUUAAAAAGUGAAUAAGUAACAAAGACAAUAAUUGGAAAAUAAUCAGCAUUAAUUAAUUUAGAAUUUGUAAUAUAUAUAUAUAAUUUAUUAUAAUCAACAUUCAUGGAAAAGUUAUAUUAUAACUAAUAAUUAAAAUCUUACCAAUACAAUAAUAUAUUGUUUUUUAGUAAUGAAAUAUAAGAACUAUAACAAGUA